UAAACUUUUGGUUCACUACACAUGUUGAUGGGGAGUAAAACUUAAAUUUAGGGAAGAUCUUUUACAAAUCAUCUAUAUUAUGAAAACCUAUUGGUUUCAAAGUAUGACAGAAAUGUGUAAGUAAUAUUAGUCACUAGGAAUAAUAAUUUUUUAAAGAUCUAAUUCCCCACUUCAGCCUUCAUACAAAUCUACAAAUUAUGAAUUGUAUUCUUAAUAUUUUUGUUAUGUAUGGCUUCGAAACUUGUUGGCCUGAUCAUCUUUGCCGUUUUUUUAAACGCGACCUCCGCAAUCAAAAAUAUUACCUUAAAUAUAGGUAGAUACAAGCCAGAUCAAGAUCCUACCAAACCCGCUCCAAAUCCUUACAAAAUAUUCGAAUUCAGUCCUAAGGCAGGCAAAAAACUAUCCAGAGCUGUUCUUGGACCAAUAUUAAUUUAUGAAGAUCUUACACUAAAAUGGCGCAUUGUAUCUUUACAUCUUGAAACUUUAAACUUAGUUCCUCAGAUAGCUAAACUUAUCCUAACAGAUGGAGCAAAUCAAGAGAUUUUAUAUUACAAAUGGGAAAAACACGGUUUUGUCAAAGAAACAUAUGAAAAUCAUGCUUCUUAUAAAUUCAUUUUAACUAAUAACGCACUUGUAGCUUCGACGCCAUAUCUGGAUGUAAGCAGACAAAUAAACUUUAUGGUUUUUGAUACAUCUAUCGGAAUUUUCAAUGAAGUUCCUAUAACAACAGUCAAACCUAAAGAUGGCUAUACUAUGCAUCAUAUUAUUUCCGGAAACGAUUCUUUAAUAAAAUCUGAAGAGCCCGUCCUAUCUAUUAGCGGUUAUAGAAUGGGUGAUCAAUUUAAAACAAUAGAAGGAAAAUUUGAGUCUCCCAAACCAACAGUAUAUUGGGUUUUAGAAGAAAAAACAUGGAUACAAUGUGAUCAUCAAAAAUUUUUAGAAAAAAGUAAAAAAUACCAUGAAGACUAUCUUAAAACACAGCUUGUUCCAACAACCACUCCAACUCCUGUUAUUCAUGGUCCUUUACCUACUCCUCCUUCUAUUCCGGAGGGCCCCGAUCUUUCCUAUACUUUAUUACAUCCGAAGAUAACACCACCAGAUCCAACUUUACUGGAUCAAAUUGUCGUAACUACUCCAAUGGAAAGACCCUCAACCCCUUUGGCUUUUGUUCCUCGUACUCCACCAUUUCCAAAUUCGGUGGUGAUUGAUUUAAAUAAAAUCGGUACAUCAUUCACUGUAGACUCUGCAAACAAGAAUGACUAUCAGGUUCUUACAGUUCACCCUAAUGAAGGAAUUUCAGUUUUUGAGGUUGUGGAAACAGGAUACACACUUUGGCAUAAUAGAAGAGAGGCUAGGUUGGUUAAGAUAGAAUUGUUCUUAAGAAGCAAAUUGAUUGUAUUGGUGACCAUAUUCAUCAACAGAGCUGGUCUUAGGAGACUUUAUUUCGCCAGAAAUUUUGGACGACUUUAUGCUUGCUCCCAACAGGACUUUAAACAACUAUUUGAAGAUUGGAAGACUGGACCUAAUUUUGAUAAUAGUAUUUCAUUUUCUACUCACUUGUCUAAUAACUCGCAACUCUUUAACAAGUUUGACAUGCUUCAUGAUGGAGUAUACUAUUCUUCUCCUGUUCCCUUACAAGGUUACGGUUUUGUUAGAUUAAAUCACGGCAUUCAUGAAGUUUUUCAGGAGCCAGGUGAAACAUGGACCCAUGUUACUAUGCACUCAUUUAAUUCAACAAACGUUUUGGUGACUAUAGGUGUAUUUAAAGAUGGCCAACAAACUGAAAAAUAUUUCGAUUCUAAAGGAGUUUUGGUUCCAUUGGAUUACCAAGGCUUCAGCAACCAGUUCUUUCAGUUUCAAUCUGAGAUUCAUCUCCAAGCUAACGUUAUGUUUGAUUUAAGAAAAGAAAUAAAGCACUCAUAUAUUCGUCAAAACGGAGAUGAGGUUAAUAUUAUUCCUUUAAGUGGUUAUCAUGUCAGAUAUGUAAAUUAUGGAAAAGUUAUUAUGUGGUCGUCAUUUACAGAUAGAUGCACAUCAAUUCAAUUUCAUUUUGACAAUUAUCUAAAGAGCAUUGUGCUGGUAAAAUUAAUCAUUAAUACUAAUAACUUAACCAUCUUCCAAUUUUUCAGGGUUGUUGGAAAUAGCGUUUUCAGAGUAGGGACUGAAGCAGAAUUUUCUUUCUUGGUUCAAAGACAUUUACAUAAUCAUAAAAAUGAUAAUCACAGAGCCUUGACAGAAGCCGCUCAAUCGCACGAUCCUAAUACCAAUUACAAUCCACAAGUCCUUGAUCUAUCUACUUAUAGUCAGAAUUUAACUCAAUAUUCCAGAUUUGAUGAAUAUAUUUUCAGGACAAUUUUCAUUCCGAAUAAUGGUUCUAGAUUUCAUGAGAUUAAAUUUGGGAAUCAAACUUUAUGGACUUCAAGUUUAGCAAAUGGAGUCUGUCUUAAGGUUGCUGCAUACUACCAUGAAGGUGUUUUGAAGUUGGUCAAAAUUUUUUCAUAUUUAAAUGGAACUGAGCAUAUUGACUAUAUUCUUUACAAUGACGGGCUUGUUGAAAUAAUAGGUGAGGAAAUUUUCCAGGCUGUCAUAAUUAGCCUAAAAUCUGCCUUUGACUCCACUAUUAUCGCAGUGGACCCCAAUGUAGUUAUUUUGGACUUGACAAAUGCCGGAAAUUAUAAUCCAGUAGCUGAUAGAACUCACAGGCUAGUCACUAUUAGCUACAACAAUAAAAACGCACAUUUUAAUAUUCUCACUUUCGGCCCUGAGAUUAUGUGGGUUGCCGCAGAUUUCGAGCUUGCUUCUCAUGUCAGGGUCUAUUAUUAUGAACAUCGACCAAUUUUAGCUGAAUUGAAAUUAUCACAGCCAAAAAGUGUCACGAAACACCUUUCACAUUUUAAUCGUUCAUGGCACAUCUUGAAUUCUAACGGUUUUGAGAGUUUAAUUAAUCGUGUACGAGGUUAUGAGUAUCUUAGGCAAAGGUUUACACUUCCCAGUUUAGGCGAAAGCACCGAAUUUGAUGAUAAUAUAGUAAUAAUUGACAAUUUAAUUGUUAGAUCGUUUUUUUCAAAAUUGAAGUUAAUGGCAUCUCUUUUCUACUUUAGGUCUAGGGUUUAUUGUCCAAGUUUAUAUUCAUAUAUACACAGCAUGUACGUGUGUUAUCACGAUUCUCUUCCAAAGCUUCUAGCUUUUAAAGAGGUUUCUAUUUAUGGUUAUACAUUUAGCCACUUUUUAGUAUUCAGAAAUGGCUGGAGACCCGUUCCUUAUUCUAAAUACUUACAGUUUUUCCAGUAUUAUAGACAUACGAUUCCUAAGAAUUCUGUCAAGCCUAGCUCAUUUGACUACGAUAUAUCAUCGGGAGAUCCUAGGGUGCAUGUUACCAAAAUGGAUGAAACUGUUACUUGCUACAAACAUCAGCUUUCUGAUACUCAACAAUCUCUGAGUUCUGUUAGUUCCCAAGGGACAGUUAUUUGGACUGCUCCUAAACACAUAAAUCUCCGAAGUUUCUUUAUUUACAUGCAUGAUGAUAUUCCUUUACUUGCUCGACUUGAAGAAGAAGAUUACAGUCACGAAAAGGAGGAUAUUUUCAUGAGACUAGAGGGAGAUCAAUGGAAGGAGAUUGAUUUUCAUGUAUUUACCGCAGAAUAUGCUGAGCUUGCACAACAAGCUUUAAUUACAGCGGCACCAUUACCACCAGAAACUGGCGCACCAACACCAAUGGAAGUUUCACAUACAACAGAUCAACAGGCAAUGGAUACUUCAGAAAUUUUAGAAUUCAUAGACCAAUCGGCACUUUUAGAAACAAUGCCAGAGGCGACAAUGGAUACUUCCCAACCAACUUCAUCUCCGACCACUGCGCCUUCUUCUCAUUUGGCAGAUACUAUUUCUACUGCUCCUGUGGAAUCUACUUCUGAACAACCCACUGGACAACCUUCUGGACAACCCACUGGACAACCUUCUGGGCAACCUACUGGGCAACCCACUGGACAACCCACUGAUAAGCCUAUAGGACAACCUACUGAUAAGCCUAUAGAACAAACUACUGAUAAGCCUAUAGAACAACCCGCAAAAAAAUCUAAAUUAGAACCCACACCAACACCCACACCCAAACCCACAGCAUCUGAACAACCUUCAGCACCUGGAGAACCUACCCCUGAUGCUCCUGAAACAACUCAGGUUCCUGCACAUUUAAUCCUUGAUUUAUCAGGACCUUUCGAUAGUGUUAGAUUUACUUCUGGAACGGGGGUUCACAAUAAUUACGCAAAAUUUCAUGACGUUGAAUGCAAAGCAAAUAAUCCAGUGGUUUAUAUAAAGGCUGGAGACAAAACUGUUUGGUAUUGUGGUCAUCCAUUAGGAUCUUGUAUUAGGGUCAGAUCAUUUUUGAAGGAUGAGGCUCCUUUUCUUGUUCAGAUUUUGGUAAAGACAAACACGAAAGGAAAGAAGCUUCAAUUUGCAGUUCGCGGUGAAGAUGGUAAUUGGGGCCCAUGUAAUGAGGAUGUUUUUAAUUCAACUUUGAAUGACAUUGUUAAACAUCAUAAAUCUCUAACCAAAGCUAAAUCUAAGACUAAAUCAAAAUCUUCAGGAACUUAAUCAUUGUAUCAUAUUCCAAAGAUGUUUUUACAUGACUUUGGGCUAUAAUUUAAAAUGAUUUGGCCAUACUGACAUGAUUUCAAAUUUUAAGUACUGUAAUAUAAAACCACUGUAGCUACAAAGCUUAAUGCAUGAUUUCCUUAAACUUUAAUCUUAUUCAUA